GCCACGAAACGGCGCUUCCGUAGGCAAUGCCAAGAGCGCAUGCGCGAGGACACGUCACUUUUCUUAAGAGCUUCGGAGUGAAUAAAAGUUCAGUUGUUGUUUGGGAUGCGUGUUGCCUGUACUCGCUUGGCUCAGCCUUGCAGCGUGUCCCAACAUUGGUGACCCGGAAUAGUGGUGCAGCCACCGGGGUUGAGCAUCAUCGUCGCUAUGACUUCGACGUCGACGACGGACUCCACGACUAUGACUUCGACGUCCACGACGGACGCUACGCCGACAGUCUCUUCAGUCGACGGUAAGCUGCCCCCCUUUUGGACCGCAGACCCCGCACUCUGGUUUAUUCAAGUAGAAGCGCAGUUCGCAGCACGACGCAUCACAGCAGACCUUACCAAAUACCACUACGUCGUAAGCAGCCUCCCGCCGCCCAUAGCCAGUGAAAUACGGGAUCUUUUACUCGACCCGCCUGCUGAAAAAGCAUACGCAACGCUAAAAGAGACCCUCAUCCGCCGUGUCACGCCCCCCGAAACGCAGCGACUGCAGCAACUGCUUCGCGACACGGACCUCGGCGACCGUACUUCCAGUCAGCUGUUGCGGCACAUGCAACUAUUGCGCGGCGAAACAACAAACAGUGUAGACGGAGCAUUAUUCCGAGAACUCUUUUUGCAAAAGCUGCCGUCAAAUGUCCGCUUGGUUGUCGCUGCGUCAGAACAGAAAGACCUACCUGCGGUCGCCGAGCUUGCUGAUCGACUCAUGGCGAUCACCGCACCCACAUCACUGGCUUCCGUGCGAGCACAACAUGCUCAGGACGAACUUCAGCAAAUGCGUGACGAUAUUUCUCGGCUCACCGAAACGUUAUCAGCUUUGCGCACAAGCAGGAAUGCACCAAAGUUAAGCGAGCCAAACACGUCGCUAUCGCAACCUCAGCGGGAGAAUAUAUGCUGGUAUCAUCGGCGGUUCGGAAAUGCUGCGCGUAACUGCGUUCCACCCUGCGCGCGCUCGGGAAACGACAGCGGCAAGCACUGA